AUGGCAUAUGAUCCCCGCCGAACAAACUCGGGAACCUCAACUCCCCAACCUCCACCUCCUCCCCCUCCACCACCAGAGACAUCCACACAAGCCGACAUGGCCUCAGCAGCCCAAUCUCUAGAAACAGCCAACCCGGCCGGCGCAGCAGACUCGUACAAGCUGAAGUUCUGCACAGUCUGCGCCUCCAACAACAAUCGCUCUAUGGAAGCACACCUCCAACUCUCCGGCGCCCCAACUGCUUUCCCCGUCAUAUCCUUCGGCACAGGCUCCCUCGUGCGCCUCCCCGGCCCAUCAAUCACCCAGCCAAACGUGUACAGCUUCAACACAACCUCCUACAACCAGAUGUACGAGGAGCUCUACAGCAAGGAUGAGCGUCUAUACCGUGGAAACGGCAUCCUGAACAUGCUCGACCGCAAUCGUCAGCUGAAAUGGGGGCCCGAGCGGUUCCAGGACUGGGUGCCGGGUGUCCCGCGUGUCGAGCACCUCUCCAAGGGCGACAAGGGUGCUCUCGGUACGGAGGGUGGCGUGGUUGAUGUGAUCAUCACCUGCGAGGAGCGCUGCUGGGAUGCUGUUGUGGAUGAUUUGAUGAAUAAGGGCUCAGGGCUCAAUUAUCCCGUUCACGUUUUCAAUGUCGAUAUCAAGGAUAAUCACGAAGAGGCGUUGACGGGCGGAAAGGCUAUUCUGGAUCUUGCGAACUGUUUGAAUGGCGCUGCUGUUGCGGAGCAUCGUGUUCAUGGCUCGCAGGGCUGGGAGAAUGGUACUGGUCCUGCGCGUCAGAGCUUCGAUGAGAAGGUGCCGGAGAUCUUGGCCGAUUGGCAAGAACGAUACCCCCAUUUGCCGGCCUUGUGGACUCUGGCUUGGCUUUAG